AUGAAAAAAGUUAGAAUUGUGGCAGUAAAAGUUGACUGUAAUACCAUACUAAUAGAAGAUGUAGAGUCUGAACAGCAAGUUGGACCGGUGGCUGACCAGCCGCCCAGUGAUAAAAAACCUAAACUAGAGGAGUCACCCUCUGAGAGUCAGGAUGUUACACCUGAAGAAGAGCAUGCAGAUGCAGGAGCACCUGAGGUUCAAGUGACCACCCCAGAAACUGAUAACCAAGAACUGGACAAACCUGUGACUGGACCAGAGGGUGGAGAUGAUCCUGAUGUCGUCGGGCAUGCUUGUGGAAAUCCAGAGCCCAUCGAAAUUCCAGAAACAGGGGAAGAAAAACCAUCCGUUUAA